GGCUUUGACCAGUGCAGAUUUUUGCGCUUUUUUUUUAUAAAAAGUAAAAUAAAAAAGUCACCAUGAAGGCGGCUAUGCUGUUUGUUUUCGUUGUUCUGAUCGUGGCGGUAACAUGCCGUCCUGACAAACCGGACUUGAAGCAGCUGAAAGCCGAGGCAGCAAGGAAGAAGGCUUGCACGCGCGACUGCACUAGUGUCAAAUUCGAGCCCGUCUGCGCUGGCAAGCAGGGAGAGAAACCCAAGUCCUUCGGCAGCGAAUGUGUUAUGAACAACUACAAUUGCGAGCAUAAAGACACCCUCAGUAAGAUCAGCAACGGCGAGUGCCCCGGUUCCGAUGGUAUCCGUCUGUCUUAAGCAAGUGUAAUAAAACACAGCGAAAAACAAAUUAUAAUCUGCAGGUUGAACAGAAUUUCAUGACAAUGUUUUUUGGAAGGAUUGUUAAUUGCUUACUCACUUCCAAUCUUUAGAGACGCAGAUACGAUUAUGGCGUUGCCGCUGCCGAGUGCCGAAUAAUUAAAUUUUUAAGAAUUUUGUAUCAAAAUGUUAGCAUGACCUCUAGCGGUUGUAAGAAGAACUAGAUUUUCAGUAGUCUCUUUCUAAUUUUCAUUCAUUCUAAAAGAGAUUCGAUUAUUUUUCAUGAUAUUCUGGACGGCCACGUACACCUGUUUAUUCGAAGUGUAUCCAAAUUAUAUUUAAUUUAAAAAACCGUAGUUAGAUAUAGAGAUUAUGCCUUUUUAAACAUACAUAUUUAUUUCGAUGACUACCACAAUACACAUUAUUUUGUAUUCAUGUGUAACUAACCCUUUUAUCACUGUGAUUUUAUCAUAAAACGUAUUAAGGUUAAAAGAU